AUGGUAGGGAAAACAUACCUUCGGUACACGGUUGGUCCGCAGGGCGGGGCAGUCGCCAGCAAUGCGUCCUUAUCCCUAUGCAGCGUUCUUGCACGUCCAUCCUAUGCAGAUCAGACGACCUCAGGCAAUAAUAAGAGUAGAGCUCGACAGCGAGAUACGGCGGCAGCUGUUUUAUUCGCUGCCAGUCUUGAAGCUGUUCGUGUCUACUCUGUUCGCAGUGGGGUCUUGCAGCAUACACUCAUACCAGCGGAAUCCAAGAUGCCGUUGGAAGUCACUACACUCCGUGUGGUGCCAUUGGAAGCCGUAACUGUAUCCUCCAAUCCACGUAUUGAAGAAAGUGGGUGGAUGGUAAUGGUUGGAUAUCAGAAUGGUCAUGUCGCUGUCUUCUCAUGUGGACCGACAGUUAAUUAUGGCCUUCCUGUCUGUCGUUUCUAUGCACUUGGACACAAGUCAGACACCGCUGUUCUUGCCCUCGCCGUGGAUCCCCAACGCACCUGUAUGUGCAGUGGUGGACAAGACACAGAUCUCACGGUUUGGGAUCUCGUCACUCAAGAGGCCUCUUUCCGACUACGUGGACAUCGUGGUGGUGUUGUGGGCGUUGAGUUUGUCCCACAGGAAGGUGCAGCUGCCGCCGUUGGAGGUGUAGGUAUGGGAAUGGUUGUAACUGGAGCAGCAGAUGGACUUAUUAAGGUUUGGGAUAUUGGUAUUCGACAAUGUGUGCAGACACUUGUUGCAUCCGAUGCACAGGUCUCCUCCAUUUGUUUGGACAGUGCUGGAAGGCGUUUAUAUUGUGGAUUACGUGAGAGUCAAUUAAAGGUCUUUAACACAGAAGCUCUUACGAAAAUAGAGGAGAAGAAAAGGAAUAAUGAUGAAGUUGAAGAAGAGGCAAUGGUAGUAGAACAUGGCAGUAUCCCACGUAAACUUCAAAAACCUGUUACUUCUAUCUCUUUUUCACAUGAUGGUGUUUUUAUGUUGGCAUGUACAAGUAAAACAUUGGAAGUAUUUCGUAUUUUAACCCGAGAAGAUGUUCGAAAGAAAGUCUCACGCAAACGUAAGCGACGUGCGGCGAAGAAAGAGAAUGAAUUGGGAGAUGAAGAAGAAGAAGAUAAUGAUGAUAAUGAAGAAGAACAGGAAAAGCGACGUAUGGCAAAAAAUGGAGAGAUAAAGGGUGAAACUGCAGAUAACAAUGGUAAUACCAAUGGUAAUAGCAAAAAGAAGACUCCACAUCAUAGUGCUGGUGGUACUAGUAGCAGCAGUGGUCCUACAACUUCUUCUUUACCUACAGCUACCGCUACGGAGGAAGUUGUACUCUUACGAACAUUCUUUAUGGAUGAGAAGGUACGAAGUGCUUGUUUCGUCCCACCGUCCAGCACUAUUGGUAGUGGUGGUGGUAGUGGUCUACGUGACAGUGGUCGUCUACAUAUUGCUGUCACUUUUAAUAACAAUAAUAUUCGCACAUACACCACAUCUUUAACUACAAGCGAAUUGGAAGGUGCCGCUACAUGGGCUCUUGAUGAUCUUACCCAACGUCACACCCUACAAGAGGGACAUCAAUCAGAUAUUCGUGAACUCCUCCUAGUUGAGGAUGAUACUGCAUUACUUUCUUUAAGUGCAGAGAAACUUAUGUUAUGGAAUGUUUCCAUCACCGGUAAUCAAGAUUCUUACUAUGAUGGUGAUAAUGGGGCCAUGAGUACCAAUCCACAUGACUAUUAUGAUGCGAAGGAGGCAAAUGUACGACAUCCCACCGCUGUGGGGGCCUUAACCUGCACAAGUCACAUCCCACUACAAGACGCAGUAUCCAUGGCAGCCAUCUCGCCAAGUUUAUGUUGUGUAGGACAAAAAGAUGGAGCUGUAUUACUUGUGGAUGUACCAGCAGCUGCAGUGGUGUUUGCAGAGACAGGUGUACACGUUGGUGGAGUACGGCACAUCGCACGGCGAACAGAUGGAAGUGGAUUUGUUACUAUUGGUGCCGACCGUCGUCUUAUUGUGUGGACACUCGCACUCGUUAAAGAUGAGAAUGAAAAGAAGGAAGACGGUAAUGAAGAUAAUAAUAAUGAUGAUGAUGAUGAUGAUGAUGAUGAAGAAAGAGGCCGACGUGGUGGUAACAGGCGUAAACAUAAUAAUAACCACAAAAAGAAUGUUAAUGAUGAGGAUGAGGAAGAGGAUAAAAAAAAUAAGCAUAAGGAGGGACAUCCUCCUAAGAGGUCUGUUCAGGCCAAACCACAAUUAUUGCAGUCGAUGGAAAUUGAGCUUACGGAGUCUCCACUCUUUCUUGCCUUUAGUCCAGACAAUCGCUUUAUGGCGGUGGGUCUUCAGAACACAAAUAUUCAACUCUUCUUCGCUGAUACAAUGAAACCGUAUCUUGUGCUUUUUGGUCAUAAAUUACCACCAACCGCAGCCGCAUUCAGUACAGAUGGCACACUUGUGGCCUCUGUGGGUAUGGAUAAAUCUCUUCGAUUGUGGGGUACAGAUUUUGGUGAUUGUCAUCGUGCUAUUCAUGCACAUGAUGACUACGUCACUCAAGUGGCCUUUUUAGAAGGUACACAUCAACUGUUAACAGUCUCACUGGAUGGAUCUGUCAAACACUGGGAUGGAGAUAAUUGGACUAUGAUUCAGGUAUUCCGUCAACAUCAACGUGGGGUAUGGGGACUGGCCGCCACAGCAAAUGGAACCUGUAUUGCAACAGCUGGAAUGGAUAAAUGUAUUCGAUGCUUCCUCCGUACACAAGAUAUUGUAUUUCCUGAGGAAGAAGAAGAACGUAUGGCACAAGAGGCAAUGGAUGAGGAAGCAGCGAAACGUACAGCUAUGCAAACACUUGAACAGCAGAAUCCAGAAGUUGGUGUGGCUGGACAAGUUACAACUGCCACUACGGCUGCUGCGGAGAAACUAAUGGAAGCACUUGAUCUUGUCAGUAUAGAACUACAACGUCGUGAGAAUAGAGAAGACCUUGCCCCACCACAUCCAUUACUUGCAAAUAAAUCGGUGUGGGAAUAUCUCUGGUCUAUCAUUGAGAGUGUACGCCCAAGUGAACUACGCCAUGCUCUCUCUUCACUCACCAGUACUCAUGUGGAUGCCCUACUUAAUUAUCUUGAAACCAUGCUAGAGGAACGGGCGGUGUUAAACUAUGAGAUUGCUGCGAAGAUUGUAUUGGCGCUUGUAACGGUCUCACCGGGCACUUGUGCGGGUGGAGCGGGUGCGGCUGCCGCCUCUGCACGUGCGGCGAUUGCGGGUGAAGUGUCGGAGGCGCAUGGGGCCCGUAGACUCGCCGCCCUUCGCCGUUUGAUUUCCGAAGGACUUGACCGCACCGUUGGGCGAAUGGAUUACAAUAUAGCGGGACUUCAGUUUGUGCGGCAGGUGGUGGAGGAUAAGGAGAAGGCACGCUUCUUUGAUUUGAGUAAGAUACAGGGAUAUAAGAAGAAGUAUCAUACCCGGGCGUUGACAUCCAGUGGGAAUGAAGAAAAGCAACAACAACAUCAACAACAACAGCGUAAGGUGAGGUGA